CUGUCAGGUUGUCUCCGUGGCUUGCGUGUGGGAGAGGCAGACCCGAAAGCACACCAGCUCACUAAGUGUUCUUCAGAGGCGCAGUUUAAACGUUCUGUUUCUCUUUCAUCUGCCACACACAUGGAAGCACGCGCCAUUUGAGACCUCUGACGUGGGGCGACAGGGAGUGCUCGCUGGAUGUGGUUUGUGGGCGGCCGCUGAGAGCGUUGCAGGGUUGAGUUGUGUGCUGCACACCCUCCGGAGCAAAGGGGCUCAUGGGUGGCCGGAGCUCUCCUUGCUAAUGCAUGGAUCCUCUCCUUUGAAUGAAGGGCUGACGCUCAGCAGCACUGGGUCCCCCAGGAGGACAGAGCUGAGGAUGAACCAGCCGGGACUGUGCGCCCGUCAGCGCUGGAGGCUGGAGAGCUGAGCUGCAGGAUCCGGGAGGGAACGUUGUCCCGCCCAGUUCCAAGAUGUCCUGUUUUGGGGAGCAUUUCUGGCUCACUGCUGGGAAGGGAAACAGCCCCGGGAGGGCUGCGGAGUUGCCGAAAUGCCUUGGUGAUGGACGCACAUUGUGCGGGGAGAUCCGGGCCCCGCUGCUGCCCUGCAGGCAGUCCCCUCCUGGCCCUGGAGGCCUGGCUGCGCUGGGGAGAUUUCUAACCGGCGGGAGUCGUGAUGGGGGAGACCUGCCCCAGGGAGAGAAGACCCAGGGCUUCGACGUGCUGUACCACAACAUGAAGCACGGGCAGGUCUCCACCAAGGAGCUGGCCGACUUCAUCCGCGAGAGGGCCACCGUGGAGGAGAUCUAUGGCAAGUCCAUGGCCAAGCUGGCCAAGAUAGCCACCAAUGGCACGCAGCUCGGGACUUUCGCGCCGCUCUGGGAGGUGUUCCGGGUCUCCUCCGACAAGCUGGCACUCUGCCACCUGGAGCUGGUGAAGAAGCUGCACGACCUGCUCAAGGAGAUCGCCCGCUAUGGGGAGGAGCAGGGCAAGGUUCACAAGAAGUCCAAGGAGGAGGUGUCGGGGACCCUGGAAGCCAUCCAGCUGCUGCAGGGUGUCGCCCAGCUGGUGCCCAAGUCCAAGGAGAAUUAUCACAGCAAGUGCUUGGAGGCCGAGCGCCUGCGUCGGGAGGGAACCAACCAGAAGGAGAUCAACAAGGCCGAGCGGAAGUCGAAGAAGGCGGCUGAGGCCCUGCGCUGCGCGGUGGAGAAGUACAACGUGGCCCGGGCCGACUUUGAGCAGAGGAUGCUGGACUCAGCCGUGCGGUUCCAGGAGCUGGAGGAGAUCCACCUGCGCCACAUGAAGGGGCUGAUCAACUCCUACUCGCACUCCGUGGAGGACACGCAUGUGCAGAUCGGACAGGUGCACGAGGAAUUCAAGCAGAACGUGGAGAACAUUGGCAUCGAGAUGCUGCUGCAGAGAUUCGCCGAGAGCAAGGGCACCGGGCGCGAGAGGCCGGGGGCGCUGGAUUUCGACGAGUGCAGAACGGCCCCAGCGCAGGAAGGGCCCAAGAGGAGCCUCAGCAAAGCCUUCCGCAUCCCCGGGCUGAGCCGGAGAGACCGAGAGCGAGACACUGUGGAGUCCCCAGACACUGACUUGACCUGCCCGGAUGUGGACGAGGAGGGAUUCACUGUACGGCCUGACAUCAACCAGAGCAACUUGGGCGGGACCCACGGCUGCUCAUCCAGCGACUCGGACUACGAGGACGAGGACGAGCCCCGCAAGUUCUACGUCCGCAUCAAGCCCCUGCAACCCUGCGACACCGCUGGCAGCGGCCAGGCCGCUGUGGAGCAGCUCAAGGCGACGGUGGGGAACCUCCCCCUGCCCCCCAGCACCGGGGGCACAGUGAAGAGACAGGCCUGCAGGCACUUGCCGGUAGUGACGACUGUCACAGUGGAUGUGGGCUCUGACAUGGCCCUGGGUACAGGUGACGAGUCUGGGAAGCUGCAGCCCCCCCACCCUGCCGUAUGGACUCCCAGCUGCGCAGGGAAGCCCCGGCUGGACGUAGCCCCUUCUGCAGCCCUGUUCGGGCCCCCGCUGGAGUCUGCCUUCGAAGCAGAGGAUUUCCCAGCCUCCCGAGCCUGUGGCCUGGGCUCCAGCCCGUCUCCCUUCUCCUCCUCGUCUCCAGAGAACGUGGAAGACUCGGGGCUGGACUCUCCCUCGCAUCCCCCCACGGGCCCCUCGCCGGACUCCAGGCCCUGGACGCCCCAGAGCCCCCUCGCCAGAUGGCCUGCCAAGGGCUCCCCGAGGCUCCAGGAGGAGCGGGGUGCCCUGCCCCCCACGACAGCUGCCUCGGAGGAGCAGGGCGCCUGGCUGCCCCCACCCGCCAGCCCCACGGCGUGGCCCCGGGACAACCCCUGCUUUGCCACCUUCGGCUCAGAGCCCAGCGGGGAGGACUCGGGGACGGGGUCUCGGCACGAUUCCCACUGUCCCAGCGCCACAGCCCCUUCGCUCGACCCCUCCAGGGACCCCCAGGCCUGGGUGGCCAGGCCUCCCAGUCCUGUCCUGGACCAGGCCCUGCAGCCCUGCAAGCAUGGGGCCUGCCCCCCCUCCAACACCUCGUCCUCUCUGGUGCCCCUCAGCUGCAGGGAGCCCUCCGGCCCCUCCCCGUGGACUCCCCAGGGGCCCGGCCCCAGGCUGACAGACAGCAGCACUCCGGCCAUUCCUGAGCUCCGGGCUGAGCCUGAGCCUCCCCCUGCGCCCGCCCCACCCAGCACUGCCCCCAAGGUGGCCCCCCCACGGCGUUCCAGGACGAAGAGGCCCUCGACAGGGCAGGCCGCCUGCAGCCACGGUGACCCGGUGGGUGGCGCUGCGCUGUGCUGGCAAGGAGCCGGGGUGUGUGUGGAGGGAUGGGGAAACCGAGGCACGGAGCGAUCCCGCUCCCUGAGCCCCUCUCCCCUGUGGAAUUCGGGUCCUUCCCACUCGGCUCCGCCCAGCCUGGGUGAGCGCAGUUUCUUCACGGUCUCUCAGCCGGCACUCGGGCUCUCCCGAGGCCCCAGCCCCGUGGUGCUGGGAUCCCAGGAUGCUCUUCCUGUGGCAACUGCCUUCACUGAGUACAUCCAUGCUUACUUCAAGGGCCAGGACCCCGACAGCUGUCUGGUGAAGAUCACUGGCGAGCUCACCAUGUCCUUCCCCGCCGGCAUCGUCCACGUCUUCAGCGGGAGCCCAGCCCCGCCCGUCCUGAGCUUCCGCCUGCUCAACACGGCACUCAUCAAGCAGUUUCUGCCCAGCGCCGAGCUGCUGUACAGUGACCCGUCCCAGAGCGACCCCAGCACCAAGGACUUCUGGCUCAACAUGCCGGCGCUGACCGGGCACCUGCAGAAGCAGGCGGAGCAGACCCCGGCCGCCUCCUACUACAACGUGGCCCUUCUCAAGUACCAGUUUUCCAAGCUGGGCCCAAGCGCGGCCCCCCUGCAGCUGGCCGUGCGCUGGGACUGCACCACGGCGGCCACCCAGGUCAGCGUGGAGUACGGGUACAAUGCCAGUGCCAUGGCCACGCCCAGGCCCCUCACCAACGUCCAGGUGCUGCUGCCCGUGGAGGAGCCGGUCGCCAAUGUGCAGCUGCAGCCUGCGGCCAGCUGGAACCUGGAGGAGAAGCGUCUGUUGUGGAGGCUGCUGGACGUUCCUGGGGCCCCGGAUCAUGGCGGCUGCGGCCACCUCUCCGCCAGCUGGGAGCCCCUCUACGGCCCCAGCAAACCCAGCCCCGUGGCAGCCCAGUUCACCAGCGAGGGCAGCACCCUGUCGGGCGUGGAGGUGGAGCUGGCGGGCAGCGGGUACAGGAUGUCACUGGUGAAGAAGAGAUUCGCCACAGGCAUUUAUCUGGCUGGCUCCUGACCGGCUGCGCUCGUCCCCCUUGUUCAUUCCUGGUUUUAAAGCCGCAGUGGACGUUCGCUCGUUCAGCCAUUUGCAGCCCUGGGGGUUUCUCUGCUGUUGGAUUUUUAAACACUGGAACAAAGUCGGAUCUGGGGGGAGG